CUCCUGGAUUUGAGGAGGCGAGCUGGCAGGAGAGCAGCGAGACACUGGCAGACGGCCACAUCCUUGUUCGUCAAGAGAUUGAUCUGCUUACUGAGGAGGGCGAGCAGGGCCGCAUGCCUGUCACUAUAAUGAGUCUGCUUGUACCGGAGCACAGCAAUGCACAGCAGGAGCAGGUGGAAGGGCAUGGCCGGAGAGCAGCAGUGAUUAUACUGCACAGCACGGGCAAGAGCAAAGAGGCUCUGUUGGAGAAGCAGAAGGAGUUGGCGUGUCUCAAUCUCAUCGCCAUCACAUGUGACCUUCGCUACCAUGGCGCCCGUGCGUCCUCUCCUGCUGCAUACUCCGAUGCACUGGUCAGGGCGUGGAGGACAGGCCAAGAGAUGCCAUUCGUUUUCGAUCCGGUGUGGGAUGUGCUUCGCCUCAUGGAUUAUCUCACAGCUGUUCACACGGACACCAUCGACCCCUCACGCAUCGGCAUCACCGGCGUCUCCCUUGGCGGCAUGGUGGCAUGGCUGGCGGCUGCAGCAGACCCGCGGAUAGCCGCAGCUGCUCCCAUGAUAGGCGUGCAGUGCUUCCGCUGGGCGGUGGACAACAACUGCUUCCACGCCCGAGUGGCCUCCAUCCCACAUGUCUUCAACGCAGCAGCAGAGGACAUGGGGAAGGCACACGUGGACGCUGAGGUGGUCACAGCAGUGUGGAACCGCAUCACCCCCGGGUUGCUGCAAUGGUUUGGCCCUCACAACUCCCUACCAGCCGUCUGCCCCCGUCCGCUGCUCAUUCUGAAUGGGGAGACCGAUCCGAGGUGUCCCGUGGAGGGUUUGAAGGGAGCAGUGCAGGGAGCAGAGGAGGCGUACAGCCGGGCAGGAGUGUCGGACCACUUUGAGUCCCAUGUGGAGCAGGGGGUGGGGCAUGAGGUGACAGAGGCAAUGUGGCACAAGGCUAUUGCAUGGAUGCAGAGACACCUAGUGGUGCAAUGA